AUGGAGUUGGAGUUGCCUAAUCGUUUAUACGGUGAGGGAUUGGAACCUCAGGUUAAGAAGAUUAAUAACAGCUGCCGACUAAAACUUCUCGAGUUGCUAAAAGAAAAAAUGGAACCAGAAUUCGAUGAAGUUAUGAAAGAUCCCAUUUUUUCACAGAUUAUGGUUAUCCAGAAGAAUGAUCUGAAGUUUUCGGCGAGGUUGGUACACUCUUUCUUGUGUAAGGAGUUGAUGACAAGCAAGAGACAUGAGAAGUGGUUCACUUUCGCUAGGAGACCUAUGCGUUUUGGAUUGCAAGAGUAUCAUGCUGUCACUGGUCUGAAAGUGAAGCGAGAGAAUAACAAUGGGCUAGUGACAUGGAAAGACGAUAAUGGUUUUUGGAGCAAGCAGAUAAAGACAAAUGAAAAAAUAAAUUUGCAGAUCAUAAAAAAGAAGCAUUUGGAAGAGAGCAAUACCUGGACUUGGGUUGAUAGGGUGAGACUGAUAUAUCUUUGCGUUAUUAUGGGUGUGGUGAUGGGAAAGGAUGAGAAGGUGAAUAUCCCGCAUCUGUACAUGAAGUUGGCGAUGGAUUUGGAGAAGCUUCGGAAUUACCCAUGGGUUGUUCUUGCUUUAGGAGAGAUUUGUGGCACAAAAGUCAGUAAAAAUUUUACAGGUCCACUGUGUGGUAAUUGGAGAGGAUGUGCAAAAUGUUCUUAUGAAGAUAUCAUUGGCGUUGAGAACUUAUUCCCAGAAAACGAGAUUUUGCAUUCAUUCAUGGAAUCCCACAUAGAUGGAGUGGUCCUUUUGGCAACUGAUUUUGUACAGAAGGAUGAGAAGAAAGAUGAAAGAGUAGAUCGUAUUUUAGAUAUGAUCAAUAGUAAACAUGAUUGGAACAAUCAUGUUUGGGGAGUAAAAGAAGCUACAAACUCUGAAUUUGAGGAAUCUGGCGAAGAGAAAGGAGAUGAUCAAAGAGCUGAUACUGAGAGAGGUGAAAAUAGUCAUGUUGCAGGGAAUGUUGAUGGCACAGCUGAUGUUUCGGGAAGAAACAAGAGAAAGCAUGCAGACCGAGGAGCAGAGUCAAGGAAGAAGAAUGUUUUGUGCCACCUAGCUGCUUCAUCAAAAGGAAAUAUUGACACAGAUAUGAAAAAUUUCUUGGAGGAUCUGGUACAAGCUUCUUUUACUACUUUUGGGGAAAAAUUCUGUCAGCAGUUCUCGGACAGGUUGGGUAAGAUUGAGACUGAGGUUACACAACUCAGGACAGCUUCAGAGAGAACUGAGCAAUUUGAGACCGUUGUAACCGACAGAUUGGGGAAAAUUGAGGCUGAGGUUACACAGCUCAGGACAAGUUUAGUGGUGACUGAAUUGAUGGGAAAGAGUGAUCAAGCAAGCGGUCCUAGCUUGACCAAAAUCAACAGUGGUCCUAGCACCAGCAAAAAAGGCACUGCUCCAUCAAAGAAAAAGGCUGUAAAAAACCAAGAGUUAAAGACUGCUGAUUCGUGUGUCAAUUUACCUCGUGCAAAAGUUACUCAAUCAUCAGCUAGUGAUCUUAGUAUGGGUACACAAGAGUUUUUGGAAAGUUGCAUGAAGAACCUUCCAUUAGACACAUUUGUGAAAGGUUUGAAUCCUUCUCAAGCUAAAGUCGAAGAUUCAUUGGAUUGGUUGGAACUUCCAAAAUCAUUGAAGAAGCCAACAGAUUCAUUGGAACUUCAAAAAUCAUUGAAGAAGCCAGCGAUCCGAUUAGAUUACCGAGAUAUAGAGCUAGACGGCGAAAAUUUCCCUGAUCGCUGCUUGGUGUUUGUGCAUCCUACAGAUUUUAAGAAGAUGCAGGACUGGCAAGAUACACGAACAGCUACACAGAUUGGUCCUUCUAUGUUAGACGGUGAUUUAGCCGGACGUAUUAUGUCUGCCAGCAGUUGGCUUAAAAAUUACGAAAUUGAUGCUAUAAUGUAUGUUUUCCGGGAAAGAACAACAUUGAAACGAUGGAACGUAGACCGUGUUGCUUUCAUGACAUGCGUCUUCAGCGACCUCAUUGCUAAGGAUUACCAGAAUUUCUGUAAGGGUAUUAAGAAAUACACUAUGGAUCCAUUACUACUGCAAUACGGUAAAGGUGAACUGCCUUCCCAUGGAAAAACACAGAUGUUGUGGAUUGUCGAUGUGGAUCGGAUGUACGUUCAUGUCUGGGUCAAUUGCAACCAUUGGAUUGCUUUAUGCAUCAGUUUUGUGACUAGGAAUAUCCAGGUGUUUGACUGCGGGGGUAAAAAAAAAAUCAAGGAAGUGGAAGCUUUCGCGCAGCUUAUUCCUCGGAUUGUCAAGGCCGUGCAGUCAUUGACAAUACAGAAGCAUUUCCACAUCACUCCGUACAAUGUUUCCUAUGUACCUAUGAGUGGUCUUAACCGACUUCAAUGUCAUUGUGGUGUGUACACUAUAAAACGUCUUCUUGAAAUCAACCACUCUAUAAGCCUUUGA